AGAAAGCAAGAAGCUAUGGAAACCAUCUCAGUUUCCAAGCUUCUAGUACUUGUUUUCACCAUCUUGUUUUUGGGUUCUGAGUUGAUUCAUUGCAGUGUCACUUAUGAUAGGAAGGCCAUUGUCAUUAAUGGCCAAAGGAGAAUCCUCAUAUCUGGUUCCAUUCACUACCCCAGAAGCACUCCUGAAAUGUGGGAGGAUCUAAUUAGGAAGGCCAAAGGUGGAGGUCUUGAUGCCAUUGAUACUUAUGUCUUCUGGAAUGUUCACGAACCAUCUCCUGGCAUUUACAAUUUUGAAGGGAGGUACGAUCUGGUACGGUUCAUUAAGACAGUGCAGAGGGUGGGGCUCUAUGUGCAUCUUCGGAUUGGACCUUAUGUGUGUGCUGAGUGGAACUUUGGAGGGUUUCCUGUUUGGUUGAAGUAUGUUCCUGGCAUCAGUUUCAGAACGGAUAAUGGCCCUUUCAAGGCUGCAAUGCAAGGUUUCACUCAGAAGAUAGUCCAGAUGAUGAAGAAUGAAAAGCUAUUUCAGUCUCAGGGUGGUCCAAUCAUUCUUUCUCAGAUUGAAAAUGAGUAUGGAUCAGAAAGCAAGCAAUUGGGAGGUGCUGGUUAUGCCUACACAAACUGGGCUGCAAAGAUGGCAGUUGGAUUGAACACAGGAGUUCCCUGGGUUAUGUGCAAGCAAGACGAUGCCCCAGAUCCAGUGAUAAAUGCCUGUAAUGGUUUCUAUUGUGAUUAUUUCUCCCCAAAUAAACCAUACAAGCCUACCCUUUGGACUGAAUCUUGGAGUGGCUGGUUUACAGAGUUUGGUGGUCCAAUUUACCAGCGACCAGUGCAGGAUCUAGCUUUUGCAGUUGCUCGUUUCAUUCAAAAGGGUGGCUCAUACAUCAAUUAUUACAUGUACCAUGGAGGAACUAAUUUUGGAAGAUCAGCUGGAGGGCCAUUCAUUACCACAAGCUAUGACUAUGAUGCUCCAAUUGAUGAAUAUGGUUUGAUCAGGGAACCUAAAUAUGGUCAUUUGAUGGACCUUCAUAAAGCUAUUAAGCAAUGUGAACGUGCUUUGGUUUCUUCAGAUCCCACUGUCACAUCAUUAGGAGCGUAUGAGCAGGCUCAUGUGUUCUCUUCAAAAAAUGGAGCAUGUGCAGCUUUUCUGGCAAACUACCAUUCCAAUUCUGCUGCAAGAGUGACCUUCAAUAACAGGAAAUAUGACUUACCUCCUUGGUCCAUAAGCAUCCUCCCCGAUUGUAAAACAGAUGUUUUCAACACUGCAAGAGUGAGGUUUCAAACUACAAAGAUACAAAUGUUGCCUAGCAACUCUAAGUUGUUCUCAUGGGAGACGUAUGAUGAAGAUGUAUCUUCACUAUCAGAAAGUUCAAAGAUCACAGCUUCUGGACUAUUAGAACAGCUAAAUGCCACCAGAGACACUAGUGACUAUCUAUGGUAUAUAACCAGCGUUGACAUUAGUUCAUCAGAAUCCUUUCUUAGAGGGGGGAACAAGCCGAGCAUCAGUGUGCAUUCAGCAGGCCAUGCUGUCCACGUGUUCAUCAACGGUCAAUUUUUAGGCUCAGCUUUUGGGACAAGUGAAGACAGAAGUUGCACAUUCAAUGGCCCUGUCAACCUACGUGCUGGAACCAAUAAAAUAGCCCUUCUCAGUGUAGCUGUUGGAUUACCCAAUGUUGGAUUCCAUUUUGAAACAUGGAAAGCUGGGAUCACAGGAGUUUUGCUUCAUGGACUUGACCAUGGACAGAAGGAUUUGACAUGGCAGAAAUGGUCAUACCAGAUUGGCCUAAAAGGGGAGGCUAUGAAUUUGGUGUCUCCAAAUGGGGUUUCAUCUGUUGACUGGGUGAGAGACUCUCUUGAUGUCCGAAGCCAGUCACAGUUGAAAUGGCACAAGGCUUAUUUCAACGCACCUGAUGGAGUUGAACCAUUGGCCUUGGACCUUAGCAGUAUGGGAAAGGGUCAGGUAUGGAUCAAUGGACAAAGCAUAGGAAGAUAUUGGAUGGUUUAUGCAAAGGGUGCUUGUAAUUCUUGCAACUAUGCUGGGACAUACCGGCCUGCAAAAUGCCAACUUGGUUGUGGACAACCUACGCAACAAUGGUAUCACGUGCCAAGAUCAUGGUUAAAGCCAACAAAUAACUUGAUAGUAGUGCUUGAAGAAUUGGGUGGCAAUCCUUGGAAAAUAUCUCUACAAAAAAGGACAAUACACACACCAGCAUCUAGUGAACCCAAUUCAAAGAACUGAAAGAACGUGAAUAUUAGUAGCUACAUGGUAAUAAUCGACAUAAAAAAAUUGGAUGUCUAUUUGUGCAGUUCUCUGGAUUCCAUUGGCACUGGUAGAUCAUAAUGUUGAUGAAAUUUGCUACACUUGGUAGGAGUUUGGUUCAACCAUUGAUGUGUUUGUCUCCAAUUCCACAUUCUCCUGAUCUUGCAUCUGAUGGAGAAUGACAGAUUACACAAAAAGUGUGGCAAAUUUGUUUUUUAAUUUAUUUUCUGGACUUAACUGUCCUUAUGUAUGUGUUCUUGG